CCCGCGGAGGGGCUGGAGCCGAGGGAGCGGGUGAGGAGUGGGGCUUGCUCGGCUAACCAUGUCUUUAAAUUCAUCUACACUUUUAAAUGAAGAAAACUCUCAAGGACCAAAAAGAAAUACUGAAUGUUUGGAAAGUCUAGAAUUGCAGACUCCAUCAUCGUUUCAAGAUAACCCACUUCAACAAUUACAGUUAGCAUCGCAGGAAGUACUUGAAAAGGCAAAAAAGAGUGGGAGAUCAAAAUGCCCCCGAUGCAGUAGUUCAAGGAUGUUUUAUUGUUAUACAUGCUUUGUUCCUGUUGAAACUGUCCCUACCAAAGAAAUUCCGACUGUGAAGUUACCUUUGAAGAUUGACAUUAUUAAACACCCAAAUGAAACAGAUGGCAAAAGCACCGCUGUGCAUGCUAAGCUCCUGGCACCUGAUGAUGUUACAAUUUAUAAAUACCCUUGCAUUCCAGAAUAUGAGGAAAAAAGGCACGAAAUAGCACUUAUAUUUCCGGGCCCCAAUUCAGUUUCAGUAAAAGAUAUUGCUUUCCAUCUCCAAAAGUACACUAAGAAAAGUGUUUGUGAUGAUGACGAUGACUGUUCCAGAGAGCCAUUUCUUAAGCGAGCAAAAAUAGAACCUAAAGAAGAAGAGAAAAAUAUAAAUGAAUGCAUCUCAAGCAACAGGAGUGAAGGCACUAGACUGAAGAAGAUAAUAUUUAUUGACAGUACCUGGAAUCAAACUAACAAAAUAAUAACUGAUGAACGACUUCAAGGGUUGCUGCAAAUUGAGUUGAAGACAAGGAAGACUUGCUUUUGGCGUCAUCAGAAGGGAAAGCCAGAUACAUACCUUUCCACAAUAGAAGCAAUUUAUUAUUUCCUUGUGGACUAUCAUCAGGAGAUUUUGAAAGAGAACUACAAAGGACAAUAUGAUAAUCUGCUUUUUUUCUUUUCUUUUAUGUACACAUUGAUUAAAAAUGCCAAGUGUUGUGCAGGAAAAGAGUAAGAUGUCUGUCUAUAGACCGCUGGUGUUGCAAUAGGAUGUUUAGAAACCUACCACAGAAGAGUGAACAGAAGAGAAUGCUCCACACCAGUAUACCCAAGAUUGAGUCCUACUUGACCUAUGAUCCUGUGUGCUUCACUUCCCUUACCUGUAAAGUUAAUUUCUGCCUCUGAAUAACAUGUCUCCACAUAUGAAGCUGGGCCCAUAAGCCAGUUGAACUCAGCAUGAAAUCUAAAGGCUGAGUAUUAUUACUUCAAAGGUUCUGAUGGUAAAAGUUUCCAAUAGGGAUAGAAAAGCUAUACAGAAGUAUAUGUACAUGUGUAAAUAUCAAUAAAUAUAUACCUCCCUCCUAGCGAUAAAUGCAUUAGGACAGAAGCCAAAGAUUUUCUCCUAUGCUGUUUCUGUCUUAGGGAACAUAAAGACAAAGAAAAUAAGUGUGGUAUCAGAGUUUACAAAAUUAAAGAAUAAACUGUUACAUGUACAGAGCAAAUGUAUACUUUAAUUAGAUACAGGCAUGUAGCUGAGGCUGUUAAUGUACACAGAUGAGUAGUUUGACUAGGAAUUCAUUUGUUAAGUGUGGAUGCACUAUCCAGCACAAGUGCUGUAUUAUCCCUCCAAACAGUACCCUGGAAAAACAAACAUUUCACACAUUUUCACCAUUCUGAAUAUCACUGGUAGUGAGCCUAGUGUAGUUCCCUACUCUUGUCUCGUAGAGUAUCACAUUUUCUUUACACCUCCAAGCAGCACUGAAGUAUUAGAUUUGU